UUCUGUCUGAAUUACAACAUGUGCCCUGGAUGCAGUUUAAAGAGAAUAGCUGUGCUGAUUGCAGUCCUUGUAGUUUUAAAGGUGCAAGCUGUUCCAACAUCUACCGGUGAUAAUGCAGAUUCAGGUGAAUUGAGAGAUGACAUACCCGAAAUCAACCGAGGAUUGACAGGGCUGUUUGAGGGAGACAUUGCUGGCAAUCCCAGCAGAAAUGCAAUCCUUGAUCAAACAAGAAAAUGGGAGUUUCCAAUCCCCUUUAUCUUAACCGAUUCUUUAGACCUGAACGCUAAAGGUGUUAUUCUCCAGGCUUUUGAAGAGUACCGUUUGAGAUCCUGCGUGGACUUCAAGCCCUACGAGGGAGAGACCACUUACAUCUCCUUCACGAAGCUCUCUGGAUGCUGGUCUUAUGUUGGAGAUGAUAAAAAAGGCCAGAAUGUGUCCAUCGGGGCCGGGUGUGACACCAAAGCUAUUGUGGAGCACGAGCUCCUCCACGCUCUGGGCUUCUACCAUGAGCAGUCUCGUUCAGACAGAGAUGACUACGUUAUAAUCUCAUGGGACCAGAUUGAAGAAGGCAAAGAGCACAAUUUCAAUAAGUAUGAGGAUGAUUUCAUCACUGAUCUGAACACACCAUAUGAUUAUGAGUCAAUCAUGCACUACAGACCAUUUUCCUUCAACAAGAAUGACAGCGUCCCCACAAUCACCACCACCAUACCCUACUUCAGUGAGGUCAUUGGCCAGCGGCUGGACUUCAGUGAAGUAGACAUCACUAGGCUAAAUCGCAUGUAUGACUGUGCCAACACACUUACUCUGUUGGACCAGUGCUCAUUUGAACUGAUCAACAUCUGUGGAAUGAUCCAGAAUGAGGAAGAUAAUGAAGACUGGGUUCAAAUGCUGAGCACUCCAGUGGAUUCAGAUCAUACCCUGGCAGGGCGCUGCAGAGAUUCUGGCUACUUCAUGAAGUUCAAUACAUCUUUCGGUGAUGCUGGCAGCAGCGCUUUACUGGAGUCACGUAUCCUAUAUCCUAAGAGAGACGAACAGUGCCUGCAGUUUUUCUAUAAGAUGACAGGAGCAGCUGGGGACAAACUGGUAAUAUGGAUCAGGACUGAUGAUGGGACAGGGACUGUACGCAGUGUGAGGAAGAUCCACACCAUUACAGGUGAUGGGGAUAAUGCUUGGAAAAUAGCCCAUGUAACGCUCAAGGUAACAAAAAAGUUCCGCUAUUUAUUCCAAGGCAUUAAAGGAUCAUCUAACUCAUCAGGUGCAAUCUUAAUUGAUGACAUCACUCUCAGUGAGACCAUUUGCCCCAGUGCUGUCUGGCAAAUCCAGAACUUUACCGGUAUUCUUGCCACCAUUCCUGCUGGCAGUGCACUCAGAAGCUUAUGCUUCUACAGCCCAGAAGGCUACUCAUUUGGUAUCAGUGUUUACCCAAAUGGAAGAAAUAGUGACUACCCAGACUAUGUUGGCAUGACUCUACACUUGUGCAGUGGCGAAAAUGAUGCAGUGAUGCAGUGGCCAGCCCAAAACAGGCAGGCUACCAUUGUUGUCAUGGAUCAGGAGCCAGAUGUUAAAUUAAGGAUGUCUUCCACGAGAAGCUUCACAACAGAUACUAAUGCCCGCUGGAACAAACCCACAGUCACAUCUGGAGCAGUGUGGGACGACAGCUGUAAAUGCUACCGCAGCCAAGACUUUGGCUGGAGCACGUUCAUUUCUCACAAGCAUUUGCACAGGAGGAGCUUCCUCAAGAACAAUGACCUGAUCGUUACUGCCGACUUCAGUGAUUUGACCCACCUGAUCAAGAGUGAGGUGCCUGUCCAACUGGUGGUACCAAAAAAUGGCAUUGCAGAAGAGAAGCUCCAGGGUAAGAUGGAAAUGAGACCAGAGGCUCCAAAACACAGAGAGACUCGUGCUGCCAACCCCUGUGUCCCUAACCCCUGUUUUAAUGGAGGGGUGUGUGUGGAGCAGGAGGGGAAAGCAUCUUGCAGGUGCACAAAAAGCCAGGCCUCAUACUUCUCUGGUAAGACGUGCGAGGAGCUGAAUGUGGACAGAAGUCUCGUGGCAGCUCUGACUGUUGGCAUAACAGGGUCUGUAGUACUGAUCCUGGCCAUUUUACUCAUCAUCAGGCGACCUCGUUAAAAGGCAUUUUAGAAGACUAACACAUUCUCUGCAUUUGUUAAGUAAUGAAAUCAGAAUUAGCAGCAAUACUGGACUAGAAUAUUAACAUUCAUUAACUCAGGGC